AUGGCGCGUAAUGCAGUGGUACUUAGUGUUCUUUUGGCAACAAUGCUACUAGCCAUGUUGGCAGCUCCUGUCACCAAUGCACGACCGGGAGACGGUGGUGAAGCUCCACCGGAAGACACUAUAGCUCCUUCACCAGGAAACACCGGCAACCAAACCGUCGGCGACGAGGGAACCGGUGGCGAGGGAACCACCGGCAAUGAAACCAGCGACAAUGGAUCCGGCGAUGAGGGGACCGGUGAUGAUGGAACCGGCGACAAUGGAAGCGGUGAUGAGGGAACCGGCGAUGAGGGAACAGGCGACAAUGGAACCGGCGAUGAGGGAACAGGCGACACUGGAACCGGCGAUGAUGGAACCGCCGACAAUGGAGCCGGCGAUGAGGGAACCGGCGACACUGGAACCGGCGAUGAAGGAACAAGCGACACUGGAACCGGCGACAGUAAACCCAGUGACGAUGGAACCGGCGAAGAGGGUGUCGGCGGUGAGUAA